UUGUGAUGUAAUAUCCGAUUCCGAUGCGAAAUACGCGAAUAAAUAAAUAAAUAGAACGCUCAAUUGAGUUUCUUUUGUCGUUGUUUUCCUGUGGCAAUUAAAUCAAUCUACUCAACAAAUAUAUUGCUAAAAAGUGAAUAACUUAAUAAUACAACAUGCUGUAGGGUGUCUCACAUUCCGCCUAACCAACUGUUUGCACACAUAUGCAUUUCUGCAUGUUUGAUUGUGUGUAUCUGUGUGUCUUUCUGUGCCAUUCAGAAUGUUGUUAUGCCGGUAAAUUGGUCGUCGAACGUUGAAGCGAUCACAACAUACACAUGUGCUCCUCUCAUUUUGUAAAUUAUAAAUUCUCAAUUAUCUAACAAUCGUAAAAAGCGCAAUCAGUGUAUGAGGAAUAAUGAGAGAUACUGACAUCUAAUAAAUCUACCCAACGAUAAGAUUAUACUUUGUAUAUGUGACUCCUCUGUGGCUGCUUUUCUCAUUUCCAAGAAGCGCAGUCCGAUUUGCUAAAAUUAAACCGGCUGAAAGUUAAAACCAUGCACAAAACUGCAAAUCCAAUCAAAUUAAGAACAACGAGCUGACGAACGUGAUAAUUCUCAAGUAUUACGACUCCGUUUGGUUUUUAUACCUAACAUUACGAUACGUUACACUACGUUACGUUGAAUGUAACGGACCACAAAAUGAAGGAAUGGCUUAAAAUCUCUUGUCUGCUGUGCGUUUUUGGCUUUGUUCGCGAAAUUCGACCUUCAGAGCCGUACGUAACGGAAUAUCUUUUGGGUCCAUGGCGAAACAUUACAAAUGAACAGUUAACUCGAGAUGUUUAUCCCGUGGGCACAUACUCACAUCUGGUUCAACUGGUCUUCGUGUUUCUCAUCACGGACUUUCUGCGAUAUAAGCCACUUAUCAUAACAGUUGGCGCUGCUGGAGUGAUUAUAUGGAGUUUGCUCAUUUGGACAACCAGUUUGCUGUCAUUGCAGAUAUUAGAGUUCUUCUAUGGCACAUACAUGGCCGCCGAGGUGGCUUACUAUACGUAUAUUUAUGCCAAGGUCGACAAAAAGUAUUAUCCACGUGUGACAUCUCACACACGUGCCGCAAUGUUUGCCGGCAAGCUUAUUUCGGGCAUUACAUCGCAGCUUAUGAUCAAUCUCAAGCUGAUGGACUACAAGCAGCUCAACUAUAUUACUCUGGCCACACAAAUUCUGGCAAUGCUAUGGGCUUUUGGCCUACCUAAGGUGGACAGGAGCUUGUACUUUCAUCGCGAAGCAUAUUUAACAGAGCCCGCCCCCAAGCUUAAUCAGCUGCAGCUACAGCAGGAAACGGGUACAACCAUCGAGGCAGAUGUGGCAAGCCAACAGCCCAGCAAUCUGGUGCAGACCAGUGCUGGGCGUUUGCUGUGGCAGCACUUUUACAAUGCCUACACAAAUCACCGAGUGGUCCAAUGGAGCUUGUGGUAUGCCAUUGGUCUUGCCGGUUAUCUGCAGGUCACCUACUAUAUGCAGGUGUUGUGGAAAGACAUUGAGCCUGAACCGCAGAUUGCGUGGAAUGGUGCUGUUGACGCCGUGCUCACUGCUCUGGCGGCACUGAGUGCUCUGGCAGCGGGAUAUCUACACACUGGGCGUCUUAGGCCACGAGCCAGUUUGCUCCUUCUAGCCGUGCUAUCGGCAUUGGAGGGCGGCAGCGUCUUAAUCUGCUGCUGGACCAAAAAUAUCUAUUGGUCAUAUGUGGGCUUUGUCAUCUUUGGCGGACUCUAUGGCUUUACAAUUACGGUAGCCAGCGCCGAGGUGGCCCGUAACCUGCAGGAGGAUAGCUUUGGUUUGGUCUUUGGCAUCAACACUCUGCUUGCAUUAGUCUUUCAGUCCCUGCUUACCAUCGCUGUGCUCUCCGAAUGGGGCUUUGCCCUUAACCCAGUCGGACAAUAUACAGUCUAUGCUUUUUAUUUUAUUGCUGUGGCCGUCAUAUACUUCAUAUCCGUUAUGGUAGAGCAUUUCUGGUACCGCAGCAAAUCCAAAGAAAAGUUGGCCGACAGCUUGGAAUAGAUCCAUUUGUUAUGUACUUAAUAAUUAUCGUUAGUAAGCUGUAAUAAGAUUUGUAGAAAUACAGAUGUUCCUAUACAAAUAUCAACUUUCAAUUUAUACAAUAAAAUAAGAUACGUAUUU